AUGAAUCAAGUACUUCAUGGGUUCUUAGAUGAUUUUGUCGUGGUGUACUUGGACGACAUAGUAAUCUACAACGAGACAUUGGAAGAACGUGUCCAACAUGUGAGGCAAGUUUUUAAUCGGCUACGAGAGAAUGAACUCUAUGCUAAAUCGUCUAAAUGCUCAUUUGCUCAGAGAUCUAUUAGUUUCUUGGGUCACAUCAUUGAACAAGGUAAAAUCUUCAUGGAUUUGAAGAAGGUUACAUCCAUCAAAGAUUGGCAACCACCAAAAACAGUACAUGAUGUACGUUCAUUUCUUGAGUUAUGCAAUUACUAUCGAAAAUUUGUGAAAGGCUACUCAAAAAUUGCAUUGUCAUUUACCGAAUUGAUAAAGAAGGAUAAGGAUUCGGAUUGGUCGUCCCAAUGUCAAACUACUUUUGAAAUGUUGAAGAAGUCCAUGUGGACAAACCCGAUUUUAGCCUUUUCGGAUAUGAGUAGACCAUUUGAAGUUCAUACAGAUGCUUCAGAUUUUGCACUUGAACGUCGUUACUCGGCGCAUGAAAAGGAAUUGUUGGCAGUAGUCCAAUGUCUCAGAGGAUGGCGUCACUAUUUUCUUGGGUCUCCAUUUAUUGUGAAGACAGAUGACACUGCGGUUAGUCACUUCAUGUCCCAACCAAAACUAUCGAGCAAGCAAGCUUGUUGGCAAGAAUUUCUUUCAGAGUUCAAUUUUAUACUAAAAUAUCGUCCCGGAUCUAGUAAUCAUAUUGCUAAUGCUCUUAGUCGACAGGCCGAUUUGGCAGCCAUUUGCUCCGUGGUUGCUCUUUCAGAGAGCGCCGUCACCAAGAACACAAGAGACCAAAUUCGGGCACUUAUGGAGAAGGACCCGACUACUCAAUAUUUGGUCGACCUCAUCAAGCAGGGUAAAACUCGACAGUUCUGGCUCGAUGGAGAGUUAGUGAAGAGAAAAGGAGACCGCCUAUAUCAAGAUAAGUUAGAUCAUCAGAAAAAUGCGGGCUUGCUGGAGCCCCUUUCCAUCCCAACCCAGCCAUUCGAAAGUGUAUCGAUGGACUACAUUAUUGAGUUGUCAAAAGUUGAGGGUUUUAGCACUAUCAUCAUCAUGGUGAACCGUCUAUCAAAAUACGUAACUUUCAUUGCAGCACCUAAGUACGUAUCCGCAGAAAAACAACUCAUCUCUUCUUCAAACAUAUUGUCAAAUACUGGGGAUUGCCUAAAGAUAUCGUCAGUGAUCGAGAUCCUCGUUUCACUGAAAAACUGGGUAAAACUUUUGGAUGCGGCUCAGAUUUGCUUCAAUGUCCAAAAGAGCUCUUCCACCAAUAAGAAUCAUUUUGAGAUUGUUACUGGCCAGCAAUCGCUACUCCCUCAUACAAUGGAUAUCGAACGAAGUACCAAAUCUCCUCAAGCGAAGAACUUUUCUCAAGAGUGGAAACGAAAUAUUGAAAUUGCUCGGAGUUAUCUUGGAAAAGCUCAAAAACGGUAUAAAAAGUCUGCAGAUCUAAAGCGUCGUUUCAUUGAAUUUAAUAUUGAAAAUCUGGUCCUUCAUGUUAGUGUACUGAAACCAUACUUUGCAGAUAAGGAGAACGCAUCUAGAAAUGAGUCAAAGCGACCUGUGUUUGAACUGAGGAAAGUUGGAAAGAAAGUUGCUGAAACUAUUCUUGACCAUCGAAUCACUCGAGUUUCUAGAAAAUAUCAUCAAGAGUACUUGGUUAAAUGGAUUGGAUGCAACAGCGAGGAGAAUACUUGGGAAAGAGAAAAUGAUCUUGGAGCCUUCAAACCAUUAAUUGAAACAUAUCAUACAUUGAUGUACUUCAAAGAACUUGAACUAGCAAUCAAAGGUAUAUUAUUCGCUCAGAAUUUAGGUGACUUGUUUGAUAAUCGAGUAGCGUUUAAUUUCGAGCGGUCACAAAUGAAUCAUCUACGCGGUCUCAUUCAAUCCACGGCACCAAACAUAAUAGCGGACUUGACUCAAAUCUUUCAUUUGUGCACCCACGGUUACAAAUUUUUCAAAAAUUCUCGCUUGGAAUCCAAAUGGAUGGUUUCCUUUAGUUUUUCUAGCGUUACCGCCACCGCCACUGUUGGUGGUUCUAGUGAAUGA